CCUUUCCUGGUUCUACCCCUACCAUAACCCCACUGCCCAGCCCUAUCUGUAGAGCCUCCGCAUCGAUCUCCACACCACCAGCGAUGGUUAGUGCGCAAUCAACGAAAUCCCCAAUAUAAAUGGAAUUCACUCGUCUCCAUGCCAACAACAUAAUUCCCUGGUUAGCCGUGAUGGAGAUGACCGCCGCCCGACAUCAAAAUCCUCACGGAAAGCAAGUCCAAAGUGGGGAAGGAAAGAUAAUGGUGUUCGGAGAAUGGAACAGAGACCCAAAUGUCAGGCUACAACACCUCAUUGACGCUGUGAAGAGGGAAUCAGAUUCAGCCGGCGGCUGUGCCAGUUGCAGCGAAAAUGGUACAUGCCUCCAUUCAGCCCAUGACCUGAGAUCGCUUGGAUUAUUCUGCGGGGUUCAGAUGAUGGACAUAAAUUCAGUUAAAAUCACGGUCAAAGACCGGAAGAGAUUCCCCAGCCGGCAUCUCCGCGUCCACGGCGCGAUUAGAUUAUAUAACCAUUCUUAUUCUGUUUACUCUGUUCCUAAAUAUAGAUAUAGUGCCGCGCAUGAAAAAUGAAAAAGACAAAGGCGGUUAAUGUAAAUUUUGGACUUCCUAUGUCAAAGUCUACGUAGGGACCUUAUAAUUACACCAAAUUUGAAAAUUCAAGAAAAAGUAAAUGAAAAUUUAAAUAAG